AUGAGGCUCUCCAGUCUCACUCUCCUCGUCUCUACCUGGGUGUGGGCCUGCUGCGCCCUCGUCAUCGACACCGCAUCUUUGGGUCUUGACAAUAACCAGAUAGCCCAGCGCGCGGGCCCAUCGCUCGCCGGAUACUUGGGGGUCUUCUUCCUCGGCGCCGAUCCAUACGUCUACUUCUAUCUCAGCAACGGCAACAAUCCCAUCUCGUUCAAGGCUCUAAACAAGGGCUCGCCAAUCUUCAAGCCGACCAAGGGGACAGGAGGUGUUCGGGAUCCGACUAUCGUUCCGGGUGGAGGGAGCGAGGCAGGAAAAAAGUGGUAUAUCAUUGGGACGGAUUUGAAUAUUGGAAAGACAACAUGGGACGCAGCACAACGAACAGGCUCCAAGGGGAUAUUUGUCUGGGAAAGCACCGAUCUCAUCAACUGGGUCAAUGAGAGACUAGUGAUCGUAGAAGACAAUACGGCCGGCAUGGUAUGGGCACCUGAAGCGAUUUGGGAUCCGGCAAAGGGUCAAUAUCUUGUCCAUUGGGCUUCCAAAUUUUACCCCCCCUCCGACCCCUCCCACACCGGCACCCCCUCCUCCACCAAGAUCCGCUACGCCUACACCUCCGACUUCCGCACCUUUUCCACUCCCCAGACGUACAUCGACCGAUCCCCAACCAACAUCAUCGACCUGACCAUUCUUCCUCUCAACAACUCCUCUUCCUCCUCCUCCUCCUCCUACCUCCGCUUCAUGAAAGACGAAUCCCUCAAGACCGUCUUCGUCGAAACAUCCACCACCGGUCUUUUUGGGACUUGGACCCGCGUCGGUGGUGCCUCAGCCAUCAUCCAAUCGGGGGUAGAAGGUCCCGCGGCGUACUGGGAUAAUACCACUCCCGGCAAGGUUCAUUUGCUAUUAGACUUUUAUGGGAGUGAUGGGUAUCGACCGUAUGAGAGUACGACUCCGGAAAGGAAUACGGGUGGGUGGACGGCGAGUUCGAGGACGGGGUGGCCGACGGGGUUGAGGCAUGGGAGUGUGUUGCCGGUGGACAGGACGGUUUGGGAGAGGUUGAAUGCUAGGUGGGGGUAAUGAUAACGAAAGAAAAAAGGAAAGAAGAAAAGGGAGGGGGGUGGAUUGGGGAAUGAAGCUGGCACUGGAACGGAAUAAGAAUUGAACGUGCAGGGGAAAAGAGGGAUGGAUGUUCGGAGUCGUUGGUUGAGAGGGGACGAAAACAUCAUGCCAAGCAUCGCAACCUGUGACGACCUGAAUGGUCGCGUGCCUUCCACAACAACAAGGCAAAAAAAACACAGAGAAAAAAAAACUUCCCCCAGUCGGUCUCGAACGGGUCGCGUCUCGGGCAGAGGACAGAUGCACCGAGCUGGCGCGACAGGUGUAAUGGGUGGGCUGUCACUCCACGCCACUACGCCAUGCACCACUAAUUCCACGACCCGUUGCUAUUCUGUUCGUCCGAUCGCAUCAUCAAGUCUUGCUCAAACGGCCGUUGCAUUGGAUAUAUUUACAAUUGUCGUCAAAUAUGUGUUUUCUCCCACUGUCCGCAAGAUGCGCGUCUUCCAUUCAUCCUGUUUCCGCUACCAUUUCGUGCUAUAUAUCCUCCCACCAAGCUCUUCCAAG